CUACCAUGAGACAAGCACCCAAGACGAUUUAAUCCAAAGACAUAACCUCAUUUCCCCUCCCACUCUUUUCUGAGCUGAUAUUUCUUCUCUUCUUUCCAUCACCUCCAUCCUUUCGCCCCCCUCAAUAUCUACACAACACCCAAAAUGGCCCCCGCAAACACUCUCCCCGCCUGGUCUGACCUCCAAGCCCAUCGCGACAGCGUAGGCAAAUCCUUCGUCCUCAAGGAGGCAUUCGCUUCCGACCCCCAACGAUUCGACCGCUUCACCCGAACCUUCGCCUCCGACGGUGUAUCCUCCGAGAUCCUCUUCGACUUCUCCAAGAACUUCCUCACAGAUGAGACCCUCGAUCUCCUCGUCAAGCUCGCCGAGCAGGCUGGUGUUGAGAAGAAGCGCGAUGCCAUGUUUGCUGGUGAGAAGAUCAACUUCACCGAGGGUCGCGCCGUGUACCACACUGCUCUACGAAAUGUCAGUGGUUGGGAUAUGAAGGUUGAUGGUGUUGAUGUCAUGAACACAAAGGGUGGUGUCAAUGAGGUUCUUGAGCACAUGAAGGAGUUUUCUGAGCAGGUUCGAAGUGGAGAGUGGAAGGGAUAUACUGGCAAGAAGCUUACAACCAUUAUCAACAUUGGUAUUGGUGGUUCUGAUCUCGGCCCUGUCAUGGUCACUGAAGCUCUCAAGCACUACGGCGCUGAAGACAUGACCCUUCACUUCGUCUCCAACAUUGACGGAACCCACAUCGCCGAGGCCCUCAAGAACUCUGACCCCGAGACCACCCUCUUCCUCAUCGCCUCCAAGACCUUCACCACCGCAGAGACCACCACCAACGCCAACACAGCCAAGAAGUGGUUCCUCGAAAAGACCGACAACAAGGGCGACAUCGCCAAGCACUUUGUUGCUCUCUCCACCAACGAGGAGGAGGUCACCAAGUUUGGUAUCGACAGCAAGAACAUGUUUGGCUUUGAGAGCUGGGUUGGUGGUCGAUACUCUGUCUGGAGUGCCAUUGGUCUGAGCAUUGCUCUCUACGUUGGCUUUGACAACUUCCACAAGUUCCUUAGCGGUGCUCAUUCCAUGGAUAAGCACUUCCGUGAGACUCCUCUUAAGGACAACAUUCCUGUUCUUGGUGGUCUUUUGAGUGUCUGGUACUCUGACUUUUUCCAGGCUCAGACUCACCUUGUUGCUCCCUUCGACCAAUACCUCCACCGAUUCCCUGCCUACCUCCAGCAGCUUUCUAUGGAGUCCAACGGCAAGACCAUCACCUCUGAUGGAUCUUCUGCCAAGUACACCACUGGCCCCAUCCUCUUCGGCGAGCCUUGCACCAACGCUCAGCACUCCUUCUUCCAGCUCGUCCACCAAGGCACCAAGCUGAUCCCCACCGACUUCAUCCUCGCCGCCAAGUCUCACAACCCUGUCAGCGACAAUCUCCACCAGAAGAUGCUUGCCUCCAACUACUUCGCCCAAGCUGAGGCUCUCAUGGUCGGCAAGACAGACGAGCAGGUCCGUGCCGAGGGUACUCCCGAAGAGCUUGUUCCUCACAAGCGCUUCCUGGGCAACCGACCCACGACCUCCAUCCUUGUCGGCGGCGCCAUUGGUCCCGCCGAGCUGGGUGCCCUGAUCGUCUACUACGAGCACCUCACCUUUACCGAGGGUGCUAUCUGGGACAUCAACAGCUUUGACCAGUGGGGUGUUGAGCUGGGCAAGGUUUUGGCCAAGAAGAUUCUCAAGGAGCUUGAUGAGGCUGGUAAUGGUGAGGGACACGAUGCUUCUACUGGUGGACUCAUUGGAGCGUUCAAGAAGUAUGGUAACUAAAAGGAGGAUUGAGUGUUAAUGUGUAGCGAGUGGAACGAUGUUGAUAAUGAUUAAAGAUAGCAUGAAUAAGUUUGACGGCCUAUGUUCUGGACCUGGGAUUUAAGUUGUGCAUGGUGUCGCUGUACAAGUAGACGGAAGUAUCUUUUCCAGAUCACCCUGUUAUUCUCAGAUGUCGACUCCAUUGUAGCAUCGACAUCAAACACGGCACAAGAGGACGGCACAAGUACACCAUGCAUCUGCGCGAUUUC